AUGUAUGACGAGGCACUUCUCGACCAUUUUGUUCAGCUAAAAAUCAGCGAGAGUCAUUUAUUGGAUGAUAAAGUGAUAACAUGCGCAAAAGGAGAUCAAAAAUAUGUGGAAAACGUUGCGCACCGGCAAGAAGAAGACUUUCCGGAGCAUAUUAUUGGAUGUAAAGAUUUCCCAAGGGAUAAGAAAAUCGUCAGCGUCACAUCUAGAAACGUUUUGAAGAUUCGAAAAUCGAAAAAUCUGGAAUUAGAGGAACAAAUCCAGUGUGACUACUCAGCGACCUCUAUUUGCUCUCUUAUCCUCGGCGAAACCCUCGAAUCCAUCCGAAUCUUCUUCGGAAGUGUCGUUGGAGAAUUAAUCGAUUGGCAGCCGGGAAAAGAGGAUAAGCCUGUGAUGAGAAAAGGGCACAAAGGCAUGAUUUUCUCGAUUGUGGCGGAUUCCAAGAGGAUUUUCACCAUUUCCGAUGAUCGCACCAUUCGGAUGUGGGCCAUUUCGGAUAGAGGGGGAUCUUUUUGCACUGCCUUCGGCCACACCGCCCGUCCCUUCACAAUUUGCCUGGAUCCGGAUAGCCAGCUGAUCUACACGGGCGGUAUCGAACAAACUGUGUACUGUUGGAAAUACACUGAUCGAGAGAUCAAAUUGACAAGAAAGACACCGUUAUCAGCUGGUGUCAUUCGAAAAAUCACACUUUUCAACGGGCGAACACUGGCGAUUAGCUGCCAGAAUGGAGAUAUUCUGAAAAUCCACGUGGAUUGUGGAGGUGUCCCUGAUUGGAAGGUUCUGAAGGCAGGGAUUGUGAAUUUCAAGGUGUUGAAUUGCGGAUUGGUGACACUCAAUACCAGGGACGAGCUGAAAAUCUACACGAACACCGGAAUGUUCAAGCUAAUGUGUCGUGUUGGCAACAUCAAACACAUGUCGUCGUCAUCUGAAUCGCUUGUCGCGUGGCACGAGAAACAACUGAUAGUAGUGUCUGAUAUACUGUUCUACGAGCUCAAGCUGUCAAUGAAUAUCAUUACGGCGCUCUGCUGGGACAAUUUGGUGCUGAUAAAGACUGUGGACGGGUCUUUUGCUGUCUACGAGUAUCUGGACGCUGAUUCCUGGCAAUGCUUGAAACGUUUCACACCGGAAAACCCAUCAAUCAUGCCUUCCUGCUUUGCAAAGUCCAAAAAUUACAUUUACAUGGGAACCACGCACGGAGAGCUGUAUUAUACCUAUUUGGAGGAUCAUAAAAACGAUCAGAUGGAGUUGGCAUUGACGAAAAAAGAGUGCUGGGACCUAUUCGGAGGCAAGGAGGUCACCUGCAUCUAUCCCCUAAAACUAUGCAAACCGAAAUUCAUGACACUUGGAAAGACGGGAGUCUGGGCUACGGUAGCUGUGCACCGGGAGGGAUGUCCUAUUAUGUACCCCACCAAGCCAGUGAUUCACACAUUCCGCAUUCUGAAUUCGAGAACGUUCUCGGCGGCGAGUCGUGUCGCCUGGCCCUGUCAAUUUAUUGAUCGGAAGGGGAAUGGAGGGAUCGAGGAGAGACUGAUUGUUGGGUUCUAUGGGACCUCCAUGAUUAUCUGGAAUUCCACCACUGGCCUCCCAGUGUACGAAACCUACUGUGGAGGUGGCCACCGGGAAUGGCAGUUGGAGCCAUCUGAAGAGGAUCCAUCUAUUCUAGACUUUCAUUUCAUUCGGGACAACGACCUGUGCCAUCAGAGAAUCGAUUUGAACUCCAAAGAGUAUGUUCUCAAUACCGCCCAUUCCUCAUCCAUCGUCGCGGCUUCUGGAUCCACGGAUCUCCUGGCUACAGUAUCUCUAGAUGGUCAUUUGUCCAUUUCAAAUACCGAUGGUCAAUUGAUCAUUCCGAUUUUCGUUGGAGAGAAUCUUCUGUGUACUGAUAUGCGUACUGAUAAGGGUGGACAUUCUUAUAUCAUUGCUGGAGGCGGGAAAUCAAAGAUAUCGAUUAUCGAUUUCAAUCAUUCGGAGCUCGAGAGCCAUGGGGUAUUCUCAAUGCGUCAUUUGUCGAGGCCAGAGGAGGGAAGAGUGGUCUCGGUGAAGACGUGGACGGAGGAAGAUUCUGAUCCCAGAUUCGUGGUGUCUUAUUCAUCUGGAGUCUUGGAAGUGCUGGAUUUCUCACUGAAAUCGCUGGCGACUUUGGAAUUGGAGGAUUCACUGGGAAUCGGAGCAAAAAUCGAUAUUUAUGAUGAGGAUACGCUGAUUGUGGGCACCAGCGGAAGCUAUGUGCUGACUUUUGAGCUUAAGGAUGAGCAAUUGAAGGAGACGGGGAGAUUGAAACUCUCGGAUCGUAGUGGUGUCACCUCCAUCGCCAUGUCUUCCGAUGCCAUCUACGUUGGCUGUGAUUCUGGCCACGUCUACAAGUGCCACGUGGCUUCUGAGUCCUCAGAUUCUGAAUCCGUAGCUAAAAUCCAAUCCCAUCUGUCUACUGUAGUGGGAAUCGUGGUCACUAAGGAUACGGUACUUUCGAUAUCUCUGGAUUGUGCGAUUGUGAAGUCUGUGACGUCUUCUGAGUCCACAGUGGUCUCCUCCAGGAAGCCGACGAUAAUCGAUAUGCCAAACGGGAUGGUGAAGAUGGGAAAAUCGAAAAUAGUAGUCGUUGGAGACGGAAUUCAGAUUAUUGAUCAUUUGAUUUGA